UACGUUUUCUCAAGCCUAACAGCUUACGAAGUGUUUGUAAAUAUAUUUUUCAUUUCAAAUUUUUUAAUUAUUUGGCCCAAAAAUCAUGAAUUUGUCAUAUACCUUAAGAAGAUAUUUUAUAUUUAAUAUUAAAUCGAAAUUCAAUAGAAGUCUCAGUGAUGCACAGAAUUUUCUUGAGGUUAAAGGAAAACAACAGGAAAAUCCAUUAGAUUCUAUCAGGAAAGAUAUGUCGGAAAUUACUCCCUAUUUUCCGGAAUCAUUUAAUUUAUCAGCUUACAUUAACAGUUCGCAAUCUUUACAAAAUUUGCUUCAUCUAAAUAUUAAUCUCAGCAAAAUUGAAAAGCAACCUCACAUUGCAGAAAAAAUACUGAAACUGGAUUUUAACAAUGACAUGAAAGAUCAUAUUCUUUUUUUAAAAGAUUAUGUAGAUAUGGAAAAUAUUGGGCUGUUCAUUACAAAAAAUCCUCUUAUUUUGUGUCAGUCAAUUGAAGAUCUUCAAGUUAGAUUGAAUUAUUUGGAAUCAAAACAUUUCAGUGCAGAUCAAAUUAAACAAAUAAUAUCAAGAAACCCUUUUUGGUUGAUGUUCAGCACUUUAAGGAUUGAUAAACGCUUGGGAUAUUUUCAGCAAAAGUUUAAUUUAGUGGGUAAAGAAAUAAGGCAGCUUGUAACUAGACAGCCUAAAAUUAUUACAUAUAAUUUACACCACAUAAAUACAAACUCUUUUGUUAUUAAGGAGGAAAUGGGAUUUAAUGAUGAUGAAAUAAAGUUUUUAAUCUUAAAUAUACCAAAAUUAUGGAUGUUGCAUCAAAAAUCCUUGCUUGAAAGAUUCAAUUACCUUCACAAUGUGAUAAAAAUACAGCAUGAUGCUAUAAUGACUCAUCCCAAAGUCCUUCUAUGUAGAAAUUUUAGGAUAAAACAAAGACAUUUGUUUUUAAAAAGUUUGGGAAGAGCUCAAUAUGAAUCUAUUAAAGAAAACUAUGUACCAAUUACUGCUUUGUAUGAAGGUACUGAUGUAGAAUUCUGUAGAAAUUAUGGUAAAUGUCACAUUGACAACUUCAAUAUGUUUCUUAAAACUUUGUAGUGUUGGAAGUUAGCCUGCUUUACCUAGAACAACUUUGUGUUGGAAGGCAUUGAGCGAGUGAUAUAAAAGAGUGUCAAAAAUUCCAGCUACAGUGAAUACACCUCCUACAAUUGCACAUAUAUUUGUAGCAAAAUGGCCUAUUGACCUGAAACAGAAAAAGACUCAUGUGGUAUUGAUACACAAAUAAGAAGUUGGCAAAUAAAUAAAUUUGAAUCAAGUUAAGCAAUACUCUAAUACUCAAUAAACAAUGCCUCAAGAUUCUCUCACCCAAUUGUUAUUUAAAAAAUACCAGCCGCCUCAAUCUUACCCAAGCAUAGGCUUGAUGAUUCAUUUUUGAAGCAAACAGAAUAAGAAAUUAAACACAUCCCAUGCUAAAAGUUUGUUGGCCCACUACUGCAAGUGACUAAGGGCCAUUGCACCUAUGCCCAAUGUAAAUUUAUAUGUCACUAAUGGUAACAAGAUACCUAUUAAAAGUUCAGAAGCAAGUCAAUCUAAGGCAGUAAAGGGUAUUUCCCAGGUCAAUCCACAAACAUUGGUAUCUGUAUGAAUAAAUAUACAGGUGAAGAUGAAAUGAUCUGCCCUGCUGUCCCUGGUCUGCUUGCAACUAUUUAUUAAUUCGGAAAAAUUUACUCAUCAGAUUUCCGUGCCAAAAAGUACAACUUUAAUAAAAGUUAAUUGAUAAA